AUGUCUGCACUAUCUCCGUCCGCAUCACACUCCGCGUCACCCCACGCGGCUCCGUUCAAUUCAGAAACGGGCCACAAGCGGAGGAAGCUCCGCAAAGGCACUCAUAGCUGUUGGGAAUGUAAGCGGCGGAAGAUCCGAUGCAUCUUUGCCCCAUCCGACGACGAGACGUGUACCAAUUGUAGGCGCCGAGGUAAAGUCUGCGCUGGACAAGAAUUGCCAGAAACGGUUCCCCCGAAGCAGGAACACUAUGGUGCCAUCAGCGAGGGCAUCGUGAAAGUGCAAAGCUUGCUCAGCGACUUGGCCAGCAAGCUCAACGCAGACGCAUCAAACACCGGGAUACUCGAUGCCUCUGCCCGUAGCAAUACCCCGCCUGCCACCACGACUAGCUUUCCUGUAACACCUACUAGCAAUGUCGAUACCAUCUCCGGAAGUGCGAGUGCUCAUCUUUCCCUAUCGACCAACGAAGAGGCUAUCUCGGCCUCACUGCUGGCCGCUUUCCCUUCCCGUCAAGACACAGAGACUCUGCUUAGAUCAAGCAAGAACAUGUCAUUUUGCUGCCAGAUGAUCAACUCGGAGUGGCAGUGCAUGAUGACAAAGGAAGAAUUCGACGAGGCACCCAUCAAAACGCCGACUAUGCCAAACUCGAAAACACACCCCGUCAUUUUGGCCAGACUAAUGCUCGCUUGUGCCGUGUUCCUGCAAAGCGCGUGGUACCAUCGUCACUACACCUUCUCUAAACCUCCACAUACCAUCAAGGAAAGAUUAGUAACCGCAGCCAUCAAACUAGUGACUACAAACAGCGAACUACACGGAAGCCUAGAUAGCCUAGAGUGCAUCAUGAUGGAAGGACUGUUCCACACCCAUGCGGGAAACCUCCGGCGAGCGUGGUCGGUAUAUCGAACAGCUAUAUCGUCAGCACAAUUGAUGGGAAUUCAUCGUUUCCCAAAUCUUCCGCUCAAGAGAAUCGACCCUGAAGCUACAUUCUACCCUGAGAUGAUGUGGCUCCGUAUCGUCUACAUGGACCGCUAUCUGUCCCUACUUCUCGGUCUUCCGCAAGGCACAAACGUCAGCAGCACCAGCGCAUUGAUGCCUUCACUGCUGGAACCCGAACCUCCAAUCCGCAAGCUUCAGCGAUCACUUUCCACUAUAGCAGGACGAAUCCUAGAACGCAACGAGCUCGGUCUCUCUUCCUACAGCCAAGACCAGAUCAUCGACGCGGAACUACUCAAAGCAUCCCAAAGCAUGCCCGGGGACUUCUGGCGCCCCCCAAGCUACGACGGCGUGCCGCUAGGCUCGUUCGAAGAGGCGCAAGAGACCAUCCGCCUCAUCUCCCAAGUCUUCUACUUCUACCUGCUCAACCAGCUGCACCUCCCGUACAUGCUUAGUUUCAUCCACAGCGACCGUUUCCGCAACGUAGACCGCCACGAAGAUUACUCCACCAUCACGUGCGCCAAUGCUAGUCGCGAGAUCCUCAACCGCUUCAUCGCUUACCGGAACGUCAAUCACAUGGCCUUGUGUUUCCGACCGGUGGAUUUCACCACCCUCACAGCCGUUUUAACGUUAUUGCUCGCGCAUCUGGAUAUCCAUCUCUCGCUUUCCCAGGGUGAUUCCACACCGGUCGCGAAGAACUUUCUGGCGCAUCAGCGCCUCAGUGACCGGAUUCUAUUAGAACAAGUCUUGCAGAAGCUUGAUCUUGUCAGCCAAUACCACAACGACGCUAUGAGUAUUGAGUGUGCGAAGUUGAUGCGGUCGCUGCUCAAGAUCGAGGCUGCUGCGGCCCAAGGGGAGGAUUACCAUUGGACGCCCACCGACACACCGCGAAAGGCCUCGAGCGGCGCAGUGGUUGAUGAGUCGGAUGGAGGUGAUAUCGUGCUCCGGAUUUCGAUAGCAUGCCUCGGCGAUAUCCGCAUUUCACGUAAGGGAUGCAUAUCAAAAGUGUUUUCGGACGACGCGGCAAGGUUUAAGCAUCCUCGUAAUAGCGGAUUGGACGACGAGGUAGCGACAGGAGUGCCGCUUGGUCAAUUUUCUAGCGUAGAUAUCUCUGAACUGCCUGACGGGAACCAACAACAGAAUUGGGACGUGUCGAACCCGAGUGUGGAGCAAGGCGAGGACUAUGUCUCUGAACAGAUGCGCCGCAAUGCGAACCCUACUACGACUACUGGUAGGGACGAUUGGGCGCUUCAGGGAGUGGAUUUGGCUUUCUUUGACACGCUGAUGAUGGAUGGACUAGCAACUUUUGAUCAAGGCUUCGAAGGCGCUCCACAUUAGAAUAAUAGUAGCAGUUGUUCAUGAUAUAG